AUGGCUAAGCAUGUGAGCUUAUUGGCCAACACGGUCAUGGCUCCGUCUGAACAUGUCCUGCGGUGUUCCACUUUGGAGGAGUGGAUGAACUUUUGCUUCGACGGCAGCGGAAUUGUAGUGGCGAUGUACGUGACGACGACGGGUGACGACUGGGCGAACAACGCAGAAGCAAGCAUCGCCAAAGUGGGAGACAACGGAAAAGGAGAGAGAGGCCUCUUGAACGAGAUGGAAGUAUAUAAGGAUCGUCGAAUCACCCUCGACGAGAGAAGAGAAGAAUGA